AAGGCAACAAAAAGCUGUGUUUUGGCGGCAAAUGUUUGCAUAAGUCUUAUGCCAUAAGUAGUGGUCGAGUGAGGAGUGAAUGAAUCCUUUUAAAUGAAUUGCCAUUCAGUGAGACAUUCAUUGCAAUCACUUUAUGAUUACACUCACAGAUUGUAUCACUCGAUCACAUCCACGACACACACCUCACCAUCAUUUGCAUGAACACAAGUGAUGGACAACCAGUGGAAAGGCAUUGAAGAGAACUUCUCGCGGAUCGAGAAGAUAGGCGAAGGAUCGUAUGGUAUCGUCUAUAAGGCUAAAGACAAACACAACGGAUCUCUGGUGGCGCUCAAGAAGAUCCGACUCGACUCGGAGUCGGAAGGGGUUCCGUCGACUGCCAUCCGAGAGAUAGCUCUGCUGAAGGAACUGAAUCACCCGAAUGUGGUGCGACUCCACGAUGUGGUCCAUUGCGACAAAAACUUGUAUCUCGUGUUUGAGUACCUGAACCAAGACCUGAAGAAGUUGUUGGACACCACGAGUGGCACCGGUUUGGCGCCAUCGCUGGUCAAGUCAUACAUGUGGCAGUUGUUGCAGGGGUUGGCCCACUGUCACAGCCAUCGAGUCCUCCACAGAGAUCUCAAACCACAGAAUCUGUUGAUUGAUUGCAACGGAAAUAUAAAGUUAGGAGACUUUGGUUUAGCGCGAAGUAUAGGUCUUCCCAUUCGCACCUACACUCAUGAAGUGGUCACUCUGUGGUACAGAUCGCCGGAAAUACUUCUUGGCGCCCACUUCUACGGUCCAUCCGUUGAUGUCUGGAGUAUUGGCUGUAUUUUUGCAGAAAUGGUCACAAAGAGAGCGCUAUUUCCGGGCGAUUCAGAGAUCGAUCAGUUGUUCCGAAUAUUCCGCACUUUGGGAACGCCUGACGAGAGCGUAUGGCCCGGGGUUUGCAGUUAUCCCGACUAUAAGUCAACAUUCCCUCAAUGGACUAAACAGGAUAUCAAUAAAAUACUGCCAAACAUGGAGUCCGAUGCCAUCGAACUUCUUGUGAAACUUCUCACAUAUGAUCCAAACCGACGAAUAUCCGCGCGAAAGGCAUUGAGUCACAGAUAUUUCAAAGAUGUCUCCAUUCGACCCCCGAAUUUGGACUGAAUAUAUGACACCACUUGUGAUCCAUUCAUUCAUUUUAGUUAUAUUUCAAAUGAAAGCAC